ACAAAUUGAUUGAAGUAGGUGGGAGUGAAAUCUCUCUCCCCAAAGUUCCAAAGAAGUGAAGUCCAAUAAGCAAAUUUCAUUUUUGGUGCUUAUAUAAAGCCAUGAAUGAACCAAGAAAAUUCACUUCAAAACCUUCUCCACUUCACUAGAGAAAGAAAAGUUGACUUAACCAAAAGCUUCAAUGGCUUUCUCAACAAGAAAUUGCAUUAUUCUUAUAGCUUUGCUCUUGUUCUCUACUUCUUCCUCCUCAGCCUCCCCUUGGGGAAAGAAACAAAAACAUAAGCCUUGUAAAGAGCUAGUUCUCUACUUUCAUGACAUUAUUUACAAUGGAAAGAAUGCAGGCAAUGCCACUUCAGCCAUUGUUGCAGCCCCAGAAGGUGCAAACUUGACCAUUUUGGCACCCCAAUUUCACUUUGGAAACAUAGUUGUUUUCGACGAUCCCAUUACUUUGGACAACAAUCUUCAUUCGAAUCCAGUGGGUCGAGCUCAAGGGUUAUACAUCUACGACACCAAAAACACCUUCACGUCGUGGCUCGCCUUCUCGUUUUCUCUAAACUACACGGCUUAUAAAGGCACCAUCAACUUUGUCGGAGCUGACCCGAUCUUGGUGAAGACUAGGGACAUCUCCGUCGUGGGCGGCACCGGAGACUUCUUCAUGCACCGUGGUGUUGCUACCAUAAUGACUGACGCUUUUGAAGGAGAAGUCUAUUUCCGGCUCCGAGUUGACAUUAAAUUCUAUGAGUGCUGGUGAUUUUUAUCACCUUAUUUUUAUCAAACAACUUUCAUUUUCUUCUUUCUAUUCUCGUAUUUUAUGUGAUGUAAUGUUCUAGAAAAACCUUUGUUUUUGUUGUCUGUUGGGCGUUGAUGGAAUUUAGACCAUUUGCCAAAUUAUUGGUCCAAUAAAAGU